AUGGAUGUCUUCACAGUCCUGUCGAUUUGUCUGUCUUGUUUGAUUCUCCUUUUUCUGUGGAAUCGAAGCUACACCAAAGGGAAGCUGCCACCUGGCCCCACUCCUCUCCCAAUCGUUGGAAACAUUUUUCAGAUAAAUACUAAUAACAUCAGCAAAUCUCUAAUCAAGCUAGCAGAAGAUUAUGGUCCUGUGUUCACCGUGUAUUUUGGCAUGAAGCCCACUGUGGUGUUGCAUGGAUAUGAAGCGGUGAAGGAAGCCCUGAUUGACCAGCGUGAGGAGUUUUCUGGCAGAGGCAGUUUCCCAAUGUUUGACAAAAUGACCCAGGGAUUAGGAAUAGUUUUCAGCAGUGGAGAAAUAUGGAAGAAAACCCGGCGUUUCACCCUCAUGGUUUUACGGAAUAUGGGGGUGGGGAAGAAGACUGUUGAAGACAGAAUUCAAGAGGAAGCCUUGUGUCUGGUGGAAGCAUUAAAAAAAACCAAUGCAUCUCCCUGUGAUCCGACUUUCCUUCUGGCCUGUGCUCCUUGCAAUGUGAUGUGCUCCAUUAUUUUCCAGAGUCGUUUUGAGUACAGCGAUGAGAAAUUGCUAACCAUGAUAAAUUAUAUUCAUGAAAACCUCAGAAUUUCAAGCACUUCCUGGAUACAGCUCUACAACGCUUUCCCUUUUUUAAUACAUUAUCUCCCAGGAAGUCAUAAUACAUUAUUUAAAAAUGUUGCUAACCAAGAAAAGUUUAUUUUGGAGAAAAUAAGAGAACAUCAAGAAUCCCUGGACCUCAAUAACCCUCGAGACUUUAUUGACUACUUCCUGAUUAAAAUGGAAAAGGAAAAACACAAUAAACAGUCUGAAUUUACCAUGGACAACUUGAUCACUACCAUAUGGGACGUGUUUAGCGCGGGGAUAGACACAAUGAGCACCACCCUGAGAUAUGGACUCCUGCUCCUGCUGAAGCAUCCUGAGGUCACAGGUAAAGUCCGGGAAGAGAUUGACCGUGUGGUUGGCAAACACCGAAGCCCAUGCAUGCAGGACAGGAGCCAUAUGCCCUAUACGGAUGCUGUGGUUCACGAGAUCCAGAGAUACAUUGACCUCAUCCCCAACAGUCUGCCCCAUGCAGUGACUCAGGACGUUAAGUUCAGAGAAUACCUUAUUCCCAAGGGUACAGCCAUAUUAACAUCUCUGACUUCUGUCCUGCGUGAUGACAAAGAGUUUCCCAACCCAGAGCAGUUUGAUCCUGGCCACUUCCUGGAUGAAAGUGGCAACUUUAAGAAGAGUGACUACUUCAUGGCUUUUUCAGCAGGAAAAAGAGUUUGUGUUGGAGAAGGCCUGGCCCGCAUGGAGCUGUUUUUACUCCUGACCACCAUUUUACAGCAUUUUACCUUAAAACCUCUGCUUGAUCCAAAGGACAUUGACACCACCCCAGUUGUCAAUGGGCUAGGUUCUAUACCGCCCUUCUAUGAGCUCUGUUUCAUUCCAGUCUGAAUAAAGAGCAGGCUGUCAGAUCUCAGAGCGAGACUCUCCAGCCUCAUCUGAACAAGCCAGAUGCUUUCUGUCCUGGGUGUUAGCCAUUAUCCACCUCUCCCUUAACAGCAGAAAUGACAUUCUGAGCCCUGUCUCUUCUAAUUUUCCCCAUCCUUUAAGACUCAGUUCAAAUUUCCCUGCAUGAAAUAAAGCUCACCGUUUUGUCUCCAAUGAGCUUCUUUUUAUAACACAA